AUGGCCUCUUCUUCUCUCCGCUCCAUUCUCUCCUUCCCUCUUCCUCUCCCCCACCCCCACAAAUCCAACCCAAAGCCCUUCACCAUCCGCUGCGGCCCACGCGACAAGCGCGGCCCACUCAUGAAAGGCCGCAUCCUCAGCACCGAAGCCAUCCACGCCGUCCAGUCCCUCAAGCGCUCCCCCCAAAACGACGCCGUCCUCUCCCGCCUCCUCAAGUUCGACCUCCUCGCCGUCUUCACCGAGCUCCUCCGCCAGGACCGCACGGAGCUCGCCGUCAAAGUCUUCGCCGUCAUCAAAUCGGAGCCCUGGUACACUCCCGAUCUGUCAAUCCACGCCGCGCUCGUCUCCGCCUUGGCGCGGAAACACAAGAGCGUCGAAAUCACUGGUUUAAUUGACGGUUUAUGCGAAAAUGAUUUUGCUGCUGAUGAUAAUAAUAAGGGAUUAGUAAUGCUGAUUAAGGCGGUAAUUAACGCGGGAGAGGUGGAAUCGACGGUCAGGAUUUAUCGGAUGAUGAGGAGGAGCGGGUGGGAGCCGAGGUGUGCUGAGGAUGAUUAUGUGGUUGGGGUUUUGAGCAGUGGGUUGAGGAGAUUAGGGGAGGAGAGUGUGGCUAAUGAGAUAUGUAGCGAGUUCGGGAGAGCUAGUGUUUGAUAUUUAUUUGUUUAGGCUCGCGCUCGGGUGAGAACAGUAUUCAAUCGUUCUGUAUACAGAUAGUAUAAAAUCAAGGGGAUUUGUUCUGUUUAAUCGUAACUGAUUUAUUUUUAUGCAUAAUAUUUUGUGAUUUUA